CCGGAGCUCGGCUCGGCUCGGCUCGCGACCGGAGGACGCUCGGAGAAAACCGUCCGAGCCGAAACCGAAAACUGCGCGUUCUAAUCGACUUAUAAGUGGUUUUUAAACAUUUUCCGGGCCGGACGGCUUUGUGGGUACGGAGCCCGGAGGCUGACCUGACUCCGGAAGUGGUUUCGAGCCCUGAAAGUUGUCGGUGGUUCGCGGUGAACUCGUCCCGGUUGUUGUUGGCUGUUAGCCCCGGAGCGGAGGAGGAGGAAAACGGGAGGAAUCAUGUCCUGACUCCGCUCCUUCUCCAGACACACAGGAGGUGAGCAGCAAGUUUUAGGAGAUAAAAAGUUGAUUUAAAGAAAUGGCAGAAGCUCGGGCUGAAGAGGAGGAGGACGGCCUGAGGAGGAGAGACGGUGGUCGGGAUGAAGUGGUCCGACGGCAGCCGAACAGCUCCGGAGGUCGGCCUGACAGACGUAAACCCGAGCACCGCCACAGCCAGGGUCCUCUCUCGUCCAUCAGAGCCGUCAUCAAGAGAACCACACGGCCGAUUUCUGUUGCAGAGACACCAAGAGACCAAGACAGAGACCGGGAUAGAGACAGAGACCGGGACAGAGACAGAGACAGAGACAGAGACCGGAGGCGACCACAGAUCACCAUCCUAUCAGCAGAGCCGUUGCCUUCCACUUCCUGGUUUCCCGGCGCCGCUGCAGGAAUCCCGCCCCCUCCUCCUCCCCCGGCUCAAAUCUAUGGACCCACCAUCCAUCCAUCCAUCGAGCCACCUCCUUCCUAUGAGGAGGUGAUUAGAGAGAAGACACAGGAGCAGGUUCUCCCUCCUCCUCCUUCCUCCUCCUCCUCCUCGUCACGUCCAGUUUCCAGGACAACUAUCGCCACACAGACCGACCCGGGUUCUGACCCGGACCCUCAGGAGGCACAAGCAUCGAGACCAGCAAGACCACCUCGCCCACCUUUCCCCCACCCUCCAAAGUCAUCUGAUGUUGCUGACGUCACCAAAGCUAACAGCCAAUCAGCAGCCCCGUCCUGUGAGGCCGAGGGCGUGGCUCCUGACCCCCGUCCUCAGGUGAACUCCACAGGAUGCUGCGACCUCCUCACUGACCUGUGUUCACCUUCGACGUCCACUUGCGGGAAUCAAACCCCCCCGUGGGAUCUGAGCCCGCCCGCCGCCGUCCCGUCCGAGCGACCGAGGCCACGCCCCCGCACCAAGCUCGGCCGCCAGCCAAUCAGAGACGAGGUCAAGGUUCAGACGUUGGUGAAGCUGCGCGAGGACGGCCCAGCCACGUUAGCCGCCCGCUCCAGCAGCAACGGUCCGAACCAGGAGGGGGGUCAGGGGAAGUACCUUCAGGAGCUGCUGGAGGCCUUCAGCUCCGACGACUGGGGCCUCCCUGAUCACCGCAGCGACAGCAGCCAGGGCGGCCAAUCAGAGAGCGAGGAGGAAGAGGAAGAGGACAUGGCGACUCUCAGGGCGAGGAUACAAGCCUUCGAGCAGCACAGCAACGGGGAUGAGAACAGGCAAACUGGACCUGCUGAGGGCUUUGUUGCUGCAGAGAGACCUGAACCUCGGCCACGCCCCCGUCUGCAGGGCCAACCGGCCAAAUCUGUCCCCCCUGUUAUUGCUCCAAAACCCAAAAACCUUUCACCCACUCCCAAACCUUCCUCCAAGGAGUUCUGGGAGGGUGAGGACCCGCCUUCAGAACCGAACCUGGAACCCUCUGCAGAACCGUUAGAUCCUGCUGCAACAAAGUCCGAACCCCAGCCCUUCAGAACCACAGAAAAACCCCCCAUAACACCAAAACCACAGCCCGCUACAGAAACCCCCUCAUCCAGCACCCCCGUCCCCGCUCCAAGACCUCCUCCACCCAAAACCACCCCGUCCCCGCCAAACCCCAAACCCCCACCCAGACCGGCCGUCGCCCCCCGAACCAGUAUGGGAUCUCCCCAGCAGGACCAGGGCUCUGCAGAACCAGCUGUGACCCAGUCUGUGAAAGCAGGAAGUAUCCAUAACGUCCCGACAAAACCAGCAGUCCUGACUUCCUCUCGCAGAUCCAGCGCUCCAAACCUGGCUCCCAAACCCACCGUGGUCCCACCAGCACGUCCAGAUCUAAACCCGGUCCUGGCCAGGUCUCCAUCUGUCCCCUCUGCUGCAGCACCCAGACCUUCAGCACCAGCCAAACCUCCGACCCCGGCCCUGAGGAAAGGUUCUGUUCCUCAGAUCAAAGCUGAAACCACCAACCCUCCAAUCCCAAAGUCCUCAGAGUCUCCUCCUCCUCCUCCUCGUCCAUCGAGUGCUAAACCCCUUCCUCUUCGUCCUCCACCAAUUAAAUCCGCUCCAAACAGACCGCCCCCUCCCGCCAUCGAGCCGACACCCUCAGCCAAUCAGAUCACAGCUUCUAAAUCUGCUCCCGCCAUCUCCACCCCACCUGCCUUGUCUUCAGCCAUGACGACCAAUCAGACACAGAAGGUUGCAAAGAAAGGACCGCCCCUGCCGCCCCGCCCUAAACCUGGACACCCGCUCUUCAGCAGCUACAUGAAGCAGGACGUCCUGAUCGUCCUGGAUGAUUCGACCCCCUCACCCUCUGAUGAAGGAAAGGAUCAGACCACCCCUCUUAUCAACCCCUCGCAGUGUCUCCUUGACCCGGACCACCAGCCAGACCUGGUCCAGGAUCAGGACAUCCAGUCCAAACCUGCUUUACAAGGACAGUCAAACAACCAGUCGAUUCUUUCAGUGCAGCCCGCUGAGCAGAAAGAGCAGCCAGACCCUGCUCCUGUCAGCGGCCCACGAUGCAUCGCUCUCUUUGACUACGAGGGGGAGGAGGAUGACGAGCUCACCUUCUCUCAGGGCGACGUCAUCGCACUCCUGGAGCUCGUGGACGACGAUUGGGGGCGGGGCCAAAUCCACAAGCGGGCGGGGAUGUUUCCUCUGAAAUUCGCAAAGGUGGUGGAGCCCCUCCCACUGACGACGUCAUCAGGGCAAACGGUUAAACCGGAGACAAACGCAGCAGGGACGGAGAGUUCUGCAGCACUAAAACCUGCAUUUUCAGAGGAGUGGGUCAUAGCUCUGUUCGACUUCCCCGGUCAGACCGCAGAGGACCUCUCCUUCCACAAGGGGGCGCUGAUUCAGGUGAUUGAGCACGUGGAUGCAGAGUGGAGGAGAGGAAGACUGGAGGGGAGAGAGGGUCUUUACCCUGCAGCCUUCACUCAACCUUGUCAGGCUCAGCCAAUCACAGAGAGCCAUUCUGCGGUUAAAGGAGCGGCCCGAGCUCUGUUUGACUUCACAGCUGAGAACCAGGAUGAGCUCACGAUGAAGGUCGGUGACAUCAUCACGCAGGUGGAGUCUGUGGAUGAGCAGUGGAUUGUGGGAGUUGUGGGCGGCAGACGUGGGAUGGUGCCUAAAAACUACAUUUCAUUUCUCUGAAUGAGAAGCUCCUCGCAUUUCAACUCAAACCGAUGACAUCAUCGGCGUCCUUCGUGUCUUUAUGAACUUCUGGACACACGUCAGUCCGUUACAGUGUUUGUUUUUAAAGAAACAUUUUUUAUUUCCGUGUUCCUGAUAGGUUUUUAUUGAUGAUGAACUGGAGAAACAGGAAGUGUUUGACUCUUAUUUCCCUCUCGCUGUCGCCUCGUAUCUGAACUGGAUCUUUUGUUUUUGACCGAUCAGUGGACUAAAGCGCUAACGUUUAGAAAUAUUUGCACUUUGUUUCAAACGGAUCUGCACGACAGAAAGCGUUGGAUUAAGAGCCGUUUCUGCUUCACCUUUCACCUCUUUUAUCUGUUUACAGGUUUUUAUCAGAGCAAACACCUCAGAUUUACUUUUCAUUAAACUCAUGAAAGCUCACCGUAAAGCAUGUUCUCUUCUCUUGAAGCUUUACGAGGAAACGCUGAGUUAUAAACUGAGCAGCUGCAGGAAGAGUUCAUUUUUCUUGCUUGAGACGAAUAAUUUGGAACAUUUUUCUGUUUGCUGAAGCCGUUUAAAGCUGCACCGAAUGGAAGUAUUUACACCAGCAGAAUUAAUUUUUUUACAUCUUUUUCUCCAUCCUAAAACACCGACCUGUCCGUCACAGAGCUUCUCAUUAAAUCUGCAGCUGAUUAACAAAGAUAACUGUAACACGUUCAUUUUCAGCAAGAAAAACUUUAAAUCUGCAGUAGCUUUUCAUGCUUUACUGUAUUUCUCUCUGCUUUAACUUGAAUCUUUAAAAAGUCCUCAUUUAACUCGCAGUCCUGUCAAAAACUUGUCUUUAAACGUUAUUGCGCCUGAUCUAUAAAACAUGGUUCAGCUCUCUGACAUGAAUGAACUUCUGCACUGUAUCUGUGUUAAACAGAAAAUGUUUGUGUAAAGCAAACUUUUUUCUUUUUUUAUAGCUGCACUUUUAAAACAAACUUUUUUUUAUAGUAAGCAGCUUCUUUCCACAAACAUCCUCAAACAUUCUGUCUCAAACUCCCUGAAUGUUUGUUAUUGUGCAUGUUUGUAACACGUGAUGAUGUUAAACACCUGUUUUAACCUAAUUAAAUCACAUUUUAAUAAGUCUUA